UUGCGAGAACUUCUAUUGCAAUCAAUCAAAUAUGAUGGAAGUGAGCCUUCGAUGUAAGGAGGAGCAAGAAGCUGCUACUACUAAUGAAGUUGACGAGCCUAGGGAGAGGGGAUUGUGGCAACCAAUAGAGUCAAUAAAUCAAGAGAACCAUCAACAAAAUGCAGGUGGAAAGUUGGACGUGUUCAUUUAAAUGGUGGUCGUUAUUUCUGUCUAUAAGGCUUUAUUUGAACUUCUCUUGUUUUUUGUCGUGUUUCAGAUACGAUUGUGAAGCCUAAAAGAAAGGGAAGAGGACAGACAAGAGGGUUGUCACUUCAAAUGAAGCGUCAACAGAGUGUAGAUGGAAAGUUGGAUGUUCUCAUUCAUCCUACAAAGCUGGCGGCAAUAGGUCCUGGCCGCAGUGAUUUCAUUACUGAUCUUUCUCUUAUUGUUCGUCAGAAUGCACGUCUUAAUGUGCGCCAGUGGAAGAAGGUUCCACAAAGUACUAGGGAUACAAUAGUGCAAAAUAUUCUGAACAAUUGGAGACUUCCACAUACAGAUAUGGUACGGAAGGCUAUUCUGCAUGAAGCGGGCCGUUUAUAUCAGAAUUGGCGCAGCAGGCUUCAUGAGUAUUACUUAAAGUUUGAAACAAAGGACGAGGCCUUGAAGCAUGUCCCUAGUGAUGUUAAUGAUUCUGAUUGGCAGUUUUUGGUUGAUUAUUUUAGCAGCCCUUAUUUUGAGAUAAUGAGUGCAAAAAACAAGGCAAAUAAGGCAAAACAGCUGAUAAAACAUACUACUGGGUCAAAAUCCUUUCUAGCAACCAGCUAUGAUGCACGUGACCCAGUGACAGGAACGGAGCCCGAUAUGCAGACUUUUUGGCAGUUGACACACAAAAGGGGAAAUGGGGAAUGGAUUGACGAAGCAUCUAAGGAAAUCAAUGACAAAGCUGCUCAACAAAUUAAUGAGAAAAGAUGCCAAAUAGUAUAUUCACAGGAAGGGGGAGAAACAAAUGAAGAAGAAAUUAUUAGUACUGCCUUCCAAACAUUGGUUGGUAAGAAAUCAUAUGUCCGUGGUUUUGGUCCUUUUGGAGCAGAACUAAGGUCAUCAUCGUCAUCGAGCUCCAAUAAAAUUCAACAGCUGCAGGCUGAAUUAGAUGCUCAAAAGAGAGAGACAGAGAAUGCUAGGAAAGAAUGCGAUGAAAUAAGAGCUAGACUUGUUGAGGUUGAGUCCCAUCUAGAGGAUGAGCGGCUGAAACGCAUAGAGCUAGAGGCUCGUCUCUUAGAUCGUCAAAAUGAGAUGCAGGAGAUCAGCUGUCAGGUUCAGAACACCAUCCAGGCUGCAUUGUCUCAGUAUCUUCCUCCAAAAAGCGAAGCCGAGACCUCAACGAAGAAUAAAAGAAAGAUCGCAGAGCUUGAAGCACAGCUCCAUGAAGCAGAGGAUGUGAUAACAGAUAUUAGAUCAGAACUAAUUAAAUAUCGCAAGGAUCAGGAAAGUUAGAAUGAAGUGGUUCAUAUGCUACAAUCUUAGUACUAAAUUUCUUUUGGCCUAUGCUUAUUAUGUUCGAGUAGCUGUUACUGCUAACUGGUAAACAGACUUAUUUAUAUUAUAUGCUUUUUCAUCUCUGAGGAAUCAAUU